UCCCAUUAUGAGGGUCUUCCUCUCUCUCUUCCUGUCUCUCUCCUCCCGCUCCCCCCUCCCUCCCUCUCUUUGGGUGAUGCAGUCAGAUUCCAGCGCUCUCGCUGUCACCACCAGGACCUGCAACUGGCAAAGCUGCAUGGAAGAGAAUGCAAAAUUGCCUUUCUUAACGACAAAUGAGGACAUAUUUUCGCUUUUGUCUGUGUUCUGGAGCGUUUCUUCGUUGAGACAGAUGCCGAGGAGUGUUUUUAGAAGGAGUAACAUGGAUGAGCAGGUGAAGAAAAGCGGCUGAGGAUCUUUCACGGUUUGGGUGACAGGGGUAGGCUGCCGUCAGAAGGUUGGCUGGCUUACUGCACGACGACAUCGAAGAGGCAACAGGCAUGACUUUACAGUAGCAGUUUAAAAAACAAAUAAAUCACCCUGCAUGCACCUGCCUCUUUGCUUUAAUACAAAGUGAAUUUUUUCCAGUUGAAGAGCGUAUUUUAUUCGGAUAAGGAUGGCUCACCUCAUACGACACAAGCUUACCAACAAGCUGACCAAUGCGGCCCACACGGUGUCCAACAAAUCUCAGGCCAAGGUCAGCGGGAUGUUCGCCCGAAUGGGCUUCCAGGCCGCCACAGACGAGGAGGGUUUGGGUUUCGCCGAAUGCGACGACUUGGAUUAUGACUACAGACAAGGGAUGCAAAUGGAUGUCCUUCAGGGAGAAGAGGAAGGAGGACACAUGGAGGGAGAGGGUGAGUUAGAGGGAGACAGCCACUACCAGAGAGACGGCACCGGCCGGAGGCCCUCGUCCCUAAAGACAGGAGGCUCGCUGGAGGAGGACAAGCCAAAAAUCACGACAUGGGAAGCUGGCUGGAACGUCACCAAUGCCAUUCAGGGCAUGUUCGUCCUCGGUCUGCCGUACGCCAUUCUCCACGGCGGCUACCUCGGCCUCUUCCUCAUUAUCUUCGCGGCUGUGGUGUGUUGUUACACCGGCAAAAUCCUCAUCGCUUGUCUGUACGAGGAGAACGAGGACGGCAUCAAAGUGCGCGUGAGGGACUCCUACGUGGACAUCGCCAACGCCUGCUGCGCUCCCCGCUUCCCAGCGCUGGGUGGGCACGUUGUGAACGUGGCUCAGAUCAUCGAGCUGGUCAUGACGUGUAUUCUUUAUGUUGUGGUCAGCGGCAACUUGAUGUACAACAGUUUCCCAGGGUUCCCCGUCUCCCAGAAAGCCUGGUCUGUGGUGGCCACGGUCGCGCUCUUGCCUUGCGCGUUCCUGAAGAACCUCAAGGCCGUGUCUAAAUUCAGCUUGCUCUGCACUCUGGCUCACUUCGUCAUCAACGUCCUGGUAAUUGCCUACUGCCUCUCCAGGGCGCGCGAAUGGGCCUGGGAGAAGGUCAAGUUUUAUAUCGAUGUGAAGAAAUUCCCCAUUUCGAUUGGCAUCAUCGUGUUCAGCUACACCUCCCAGAUCUUCCUCCCCUCCCUGGAGGGAAACAUGCAGAAGCCCAGCGAGUUCCACUGCAUGAUGGAGUGGAGCCACAUCGCAGCCUGCGUCCUCAAGGGCCUCUUCGCCUUGGUGGCCUAUUUGACUUGGGCAGACGCCACUAAAGAGGUCAUCACGGAUAACCUGCCUUCGACCAUCCGGGCUGUGGUGAACAUCUUCCUCGUCGCCAAGGCACUGUUAUCUUACCCGCUGCCGUUCUUUGCUGCAGUUGAGGUUUUGGAGAAAUCCUUGUUCCAGGAUGGCGGCAGAGCCCUGUUCCCCGACUGCUACGGCCCCGGCGGGCAGUUGAAAUCCUGGGGUCUGGGCCUCCGAAUUGGCCUGGUGGUCUUCACUUUGCUUAUGGCCGUCUUUGUCCCCCAUUUUGCUCUCCUUAUGGGUUUAACUGGGAGCCUCACCGGCGCUGGUUUAUGCUUCCUCUUACCAAGCCUCUUCCAUCUGAAACUACAGUGGAGGAAUCUGCUGUGGCACCAUGUCUUCUUCGACGUUGCCAUUUUUGUUAUUGGAGGCAUAUGCGCCAUAUCUGGCUUCAUUCACUCAAUUGAAGGGCUCAUAGAGGCGUUCAAGUACAAUAUCCAAGACUGAGCGCUUCAGAGAUGACCUUUACUGUGUGGCGACGUCCUAAAAUGCAGCACUCCAGCAAGGCUGUCACGACGCAGACCUUAUCGAAACGUCAUGCUGUCCACUUGACAUAAAAGCUCAUGUGGAGGAUUAUUUGUGUGAAAUGUACAUCUUUUUAUUUUGCCUUCGUGAUAAUGUGCAAUAAUAAACUCUACAAUCAUACCGUAAAGUAGUUCACUUAUUCCAGAACACAGGUUUUAUGAAGUGGACGGAGGAGCACAACCUCCUUGAAAAAGGAAGGGGUGGUGGCUAAAUAUGCGGGCAUUAACAAGCCUGACCAGGUAUCAGUCUUCAUGCAAAGUUGUCAAAAAUCCAGUGAAGAUGUCCACCAUGGGUCUAACUGUGAGUGUGUACGUGUUUAUAUCCGAGGAAUGAAUUACGUGAAAAACAAUGCAGUGAAUAUGUUCUUAGAUAUAUCAUUAAUCCCACAUCAGAGAAAAAAUAAGACCAAGGCACCCAUUAGAGCAGAUGGUGCUCUUUGGAUUAUAAUAAUAAACCAUGAAUAACUUAUGUGUAAUUGUUUAAACGGGAUUUUUUUUUAAAGUUUGAUUUCGUUUUGUGUUUAUUUUCCAUCUGACACCUAUAGUAGUCCUCGUUGGCUCGUUUGUUCUCUUGGUGUUUCAAGUGUCAUACUGGAUGAAGUGAAUUCAAAGUGCAAGAAAGUGGGUCCUAGUUGUGUUACAUGAAAAAUGUCUGUCUGAUAAUAUUCUCUUCCUCUUGAACCUGUUAAUUGUGAUUUAAUGGAACUAAUCAUGGUGUGUGAGAUAAAGAGUAUUUGUUGAAUUAAGAGAUAAAUAA